AACACUUUAUUAUUUGAAUUCUGACAUUAAAUAAAUAACCACGAAAUUGCUUGGCAACAAACAACGCUUUCAUUUUCGCAAAGUGUGCUAGUUUCCUACGGAUUUAUAAAAAAAAUUUAAACGUUUUAAUAACAUUUUGUGAUGGAAUCAUCGCAUUCGGAGAGUUCGAAGUGCCCCUGCGCAGAAGACGCUACCGCAGAAGACUGUCCCACGUUAAUUGACUGCUCCUGUCCCAGAGACGAGCACGAUAUAGUUAUCCACGAGGAAGCUUGCGUGCUCUACAAGAACGAGAAGAUUAUAUAUCCUCGUGAGGAGGGAAGUUGUGGAUGUACUAGUGAGCAGUUUGAAGAUGGGAUCUGCAAGUGCUGCGCUUGUCCCAUCGACCAAUGUCGUUGCAUGAAAGCAGGCAGAGAGGUCUUCGAUGAAUGGCGUAGUAAGCGCGAGCUAGGUGCGAUGCCGGCCGUUUUGGAAGCCACGCAUCCCCUUAUGCAACGGUUUCAGGCGACCCUCAAGCAAUUCUUAGAGAAGGAAAACGCUAUUGCUGAAGAGGAAAUUCUUAACUUGCGCGAUGAGCUCCGUCUUAAGAAGGCUGCAUAUGAAAAAGAUCUUGAAGCCAUAUAUCGUAGCGACCAUGAUACGAAUGCACAGAGGGUAUUAAUAGAAGAAUACGAAGCAACUCUUGCGCAAAGAACGGCGGAGCGCGAGAAGGCCGAACGAAAAGCUCGUGAGUCUAAUGAGAAAUACAAACGGGCAAUGGAAAAAUUGGAAGAAGAUACAAUUAGAGAACGUGAGGCUACCGAAGAGCUUGAAGCAUUAACAACCCUUUGUCGACAACUUGAGGAGUGGCGCGAAGAGACUGAGUCAGACUUAACCGUCAGCCAGCGCAUGUCUGACAAAAUGAGAGCUGAGAAGAAGGCUCUAGCUGAUGAAAAACGGCAGCUGGAUAUGAUUAUAUUUGGAUUGAGUAACGAGGUGUGGAAACUUGAAUCCAAGUUAGAAAUGUUCCAGAAGCAAUUCGAAAUAAAAAAUGCUGAAAUGGAAAAAGUGAAUGAUAAAGUAACCGCCUAUGCUACAGAACUGGAAGAUUUAGAAUUAGAUAAGCGUCGCCUUGUUAGUUUAUGGAAUUCCGUGCUCGUAAAUAUUCAGCAACGGGACAAGGUUUUUGAUUCUGUUAGAGAUGAUUACAAGGCAUUACAAGAAAAUUAUCGCACGUUACUUAAUAAUUUAGAGAUUACCAAAAAGGUAGUAAUGGAAGAGAUGAAUAAAGGAAAAGAGAUCGCCAUGAAUAAAGACAAGUUGAUGUAUGAUAUUGAACACGCCACUAAACUUUUCGAUACAGAAGAUGCUAAACGUGUUAAUUUGGAAGCACAGAUUGCUCAAUUUACUGAGUCAAUUGAAAUGACAGAAAGAGACCAGGACAUGAUUAAAUCAGAGAACCAAACAAUGCAGAACAUAUUAAAGAGCACAGCGAAAGAUUAUGAACGUAAAAUUGAGCAAAAGUUGAAGCUCGAAAAUGAAAUCCUAGCGAAUCUUCAGGAUUGCUUGCUUAAUGAUAAAGCAGUGGAGUCGAUGGCCAACGGAAUCAAGAAACUUAGAGAAAUGUCUAGAAAACAGGAAAUAUCACUAAUGUCAAUGGAGAACCAGCACGCAAAAAUGAUGCUAGACAUAGAGGUUUACAGAAAUCGACAAGCUAAAAACAAGUUGAUUUUAGAUGAAAAUCUCGCUAAAGUAAGGGCCAAAGAAAAAGAAAACGAUCAGCUACAAGAGAAAUAUGAUCAAAGGGUUCUCGUCAUCACCAGAAAACAACGAGAGCUGGACAUCAUCAUGAAGAAGUAUACGGCGUUGAAGGAAGUAUUUGAUAUGAAAUCACCUCAAGAGCGUAGGAUUGAAGAGCUAGAGCAACACAUCAAGGGUUUGCGCGAGCGCACGGAGACCAUGCAGCACGAGUGGCUCCGGUUGCAAGGCCACGUGGUUAAGCUGACGGAGCAACAUCACAAGAUGGUCGCCGAUAUCAACCUCAUAAAUAAACAAAUCCAGAUUUGCGAGCAGAAGACGAUGCGUAUUCAGGCGGAGUGUGAGCACGUACUACAGGAGCGUGCGGGAGUGGAGCGUGCGCUGAGGGAGCUACGCGGGCGGCUCGAAGUGCUAGAGCGCACGCGCAAGGAUGCGGCAGAGAAGAACGACGUUGCGCAGAGGUCUACGCUCGCCGUCACGCAUGAAUACACCGCUAAUCUUAAGGAUGCAGAAACAGAAAUAAUUCAACUUGAAGACGAUAUAGAAGCAAUGGAAAAGGACAAGAUUAAUCUUACUCAAGAACUCGAUAGAGUUCAAAGAGAAGCUCUUAUUUGGCAGAGAAAAGGUAUUUUAGCAGUAGAUCUAAAGAAAAACAUGCAAGCUGCGAAGUCAGCAGCCGGGGAGAUUGGACAAAUGAAGAAUGAAAUUCAUAGAAUGGAGGUCCGUCGUGAACAACUCCGCCGUACGGGCGAGAAACUGGCUGAAGACCUGGCGUUGUACGUGACGCGGCGAGACACCGCCAUGGAAAAGACCCGAGCGGCCGCUGCCGUGGAGAAAGCGCACGGAAAUGCUGGUCAUACCUCACAGUCUGUGUAUCAUCACAAGUUGCGGCUGGCGAGGGCGGACGUAGCUAGAGUUACUAAGGACUUGGCUGAAGCUAAUUCCCGUCUGGAUCAGUUACGCAAGGAACAGGAGCGGCUGGAUCGUCAAGUAGCUGACACUAACGCCAUGAACACACAAUUGGAAGAGCACGUUGCUACUUUAAUGCGGGAAUGUAGGGAGACAGAGCGGGAGAAACAGUGGCUGUUAGAACGAGUCAUUCGCAGUCAAAGGCUCGGAAACGAGUUGGCUUCAGCGAUUAAACGCCAAUCUGUUCGGGUGAAGAAACCGAAAUCCGUGGUUUUAGCAGAAUAUUCGCAAGCUCGUGCUGUCAAUGAUAGACUCAAGUAUAUAGUCGAAACUCUUAGUAGAGACUAUCCGCAUUUAAGCGAAAAACUUGAUUCUAUAAUGAAUACCCUGAAUAUAUUCUCUCCGGAUGAAUCUCCACCACUGGUUGAAGAAUCUGGAUCUUGUAUUGAAGAGGAGGGAUCCGAUAAUGUUGCUGAAAAACCAUUGUGUCCUUAAAAUUGGGAACAUUGAUGUAGAUGUCGCCAACUCGUGUCGGUGGGCAGAGUUUUUAUCUAUUUAAUACAUUGUCAUGUAGAAUUUGCUUUGGAGUUACUGCGUGGUUGCUCAUACAAACUGUAUGUGACAGCAAAUGCGGUGCGAAAUAUAAGAUUCUCCACGAAUUUCUAUUUGGUUUACUGAAAUCACAUUGUGGCAACAUCGCAUAGUAGGUACCUAUUAUGUUGCAAUUUUGAAGUAUUUUGAAGUUUGUAUGAAUAUUUUUUAAAUUUAGACUUGUGAACACUUAUCGUAUAGUGAUGCGGUUAUUAGCUAUUUUGGUUUCAAUUAAACACAUAAUAACAUU